CCCGGGAACCACAGAAGCCCUGGGAUAGAGCGGCCCACUUCCGCGUCCUCCCAGACCGCGGCCGCCCACUUCCGGGGGCCUGGGUCACCAGACUAGAACUUCCGGAAGUCGUCGGACGGGAGGUGACGGCGUUGAGUCUGCAGCUUCCCACUCCGAGUUCUGAGACUUCCCUGUAAAAUGACUCAAGCAGAAAUUAAACUGUGUUCUUUGUUGCUGCAAGAGCAUUUUGGAGAGAUUGUAGAAAAAAUUGGAGCCCACCUAAUCAGAACUGGCAGUCAGCCGCUUAGAGUAAUUGCCCAUGACACGGGAACAGCAGUGGAUCAGGUGAAAAAAGCCCUGUGUGUCCUCAUCCAACAUAACCUGGUGACAUAUCAAGUGCACAAACGUGGUGUGGUGGAGUAUGAGGCCCAGUGCAGCCGGGUGUUGCGAAUGCUCAGGUAUCCCCGGUAUAUCUACACCACCAAAACGCUGUACAGUGACACUGGAGAGCUGAUCGUUGAGGAGCUCCUGCUGAAUGGCAAAAUGACAAUGUCUGCUGUUGUGAAGAAAGUGGCAGACAGGCUCACAGAGACCAUGGAGGAUGGCAAAACCAUGGACUAUGCUGAAGUAUCAAACACAUUUGUACGACUAGCAGACACACACUUUGUACAGCGCUGCCCCUUGGUGCCUGAUGCUGAGAACUCAGACACUGGGCCUCCACCACCUGCCCCUACCCUUGUCAUUCAUGAAAAGGACAUGUACCUGAUUCCCAAACUGACCCUGAUAGGGAAAGGCAAACGGAGGAGAUCAUCUGAUGAGGAUGCUGGUGGGGAGCCCAAGGCCAAGAGGCGGAAACACACUGAUGACAGACAGCCCAUUCCAGAUGAUGGGAUUUAUUGGCAGAUCAACCUUGACAGAUUCCACCAACACUUCCGGGACCAAGCUAUUGUGAGUGCAGUUGCCAACAGGAUGGACCAGACCAGCAGCGAGAUUGUGCGGACCAUGCUACGGAUGAGUGAGGUUACCACUCCGUCUAGCGCCCCCUUCACUCAGCCGCUGUCUUCCAAUGAAAUCUUCAGAUCCCUACCUGUUGGCUAUAACAUCUCCAAGCAAGUUCUUGAUCAAUAUCUCACUCUGUUGGCGGAUGAUCCACUAGAAUUUAUUGGAAAGUCUGGCGACAGUGGCGGAGGAAUGUAUGUCAUCAACUUGCAUAAAGCACUGGCGUCCCUGGCCACUGCUACGCUGGAAUCCGUGGUACAGGAGAGAUUUGGGUCUCGUUGUGCCAGAAUAUUCCGUCUAGUUUUGCAAAAGAAGCACCUGGAACAGAAGCAGGUGGAAGACUUCGCCAUGAUUCCAGCAAAGGAAGCAAAGGACAUGCUGUAUAAGAUGCUCUCAGAAAAUUUCAUAUCACUCCAGGAAAUUCCCAAAACACCAGACCACGCCCCAUCCAGAACCUUCUAUUUAUACACUGUGAAUGUCCUGUCAGCUGCCCGGAUGUUGUUGCACAGGUGCUACAAGAGCAUUGCCAACCUGAUAGAAAGGAGACAGUUUGAAACCAAAGAGAACAAGCGUCUGCUAGAGAAGUCACAGAGGGUAGAAGCCAUCAUCGCGUCCAUGCAAGCCACGGGUGCUGAGGAGGUUCAGCUACAGGAAAUAGAGGAGAUGAUCACCGCACCUGAACGGCAGCAGCUAGAGACCCUGAAACGCAAUGUCAACAAGUUGGAUGCCAGUGAGAUCCAGGUGGAUGAAACGAUCUUCUUGCUGGAAUCCUACAUCGAGAGCACCAUGAAGAGACUGUGACUCAGAAGAAGCAUUCUUCCCAGAAGAUCAAGGAGGAUGGGAGGGAAAUAAAGGAGGUGUCAGGAUAUGUUUUUGGCA